GCAUGGCAUUAUUGUGUUUCGGAUAGAAGAACGAGACAUAGACUUCCAGCGAGAACUACGUUUGAAUUCGGCACUAUUGACGGGAAUGGAAAUCCUUUAGCUUUUACGCAAGGUGCACUUGUCAUAAAUAUUUCAUUAAGCUGUCUAUAUCAUGAUGUGCGUCCUUCCAUCACAAUUCCUCCAAAUCUUCCCGAUCCUAUCCCAAUCGAUUUCUUUUAUAUUCAACGUGCAAUAAUAAGAGCGCUUAGUUAG